AUGUUCGGCGCCUUCAACCGCUUCAUCGGGCUGGAAGCCGAGCCAGCUCAGCAACCCCGAUCGUCGACCGCGGACAACUCCUUUGGCUUUCAGGUACUCCGCAACAAGGACCCGGAGGUGCCCCUCGAGCCGUGGUUUGAUUUCAUCAUCGGGAUCAAUGGACGUUUGAUUGUACGUUUGCUAAGUAUACUUGGCCGUAUCCCUCCUCCACUUGCCAAAACACAGGAAGACCCAGACCCUCACCUCUUCGCAACCGAAGUGCGCAAUUGCGCCGGCUCCAGCGUAACCUUUGAAGUCUGGAGCGCGAAAGGCCAAAAAUCCCACAGCGUCUCCCUCCCCGUCCCCGCAACCCCAACCGGAACCCCAGGCCCAACCCCAACCCUCGGCCUAGCCGUGCAACUGGCCCCGCUCUCCUCGACGCAAAACAUCUGGCACGUGCUGUCGAUCCCCUCGCCGCUGAGCCCGGCCUACCGGGCGGGCCUCCUGCCGCACUCGGACUACAUCAUCGGCACGCCGAGCGGCACGCUCCGGGGCGAGUCGGCGCUGGGCGAGCUGGUCGAGGACCACCUGGACCGCACCCUGGUGCUGUGGGUGUACAACAGCGAAUUUGACGUCGUGCGCGAGGUCGAGCUGAUCCCCACGCGCGGCUGGGGCGGCGAGGGCGCCCUCGGCGCCGAGCUGGGGUUCGGGGCCCUGCAUCGGUUGCCGGUCGGGUUGGGGGAGGAGGUUGAGGGCCCCGGGGAGGUGGUCUUUGAGACGGUCCCGUCGGGCUCCCGAGGGGAUGGGUCCGGGGCGCAGUUGGGGGGGUAUGAGCAACAGCAAGAGCAGCAUCAGUUCCUCGUGCCGGCAAAUCUGAGCUCCCCGCCUCCGCCGCCGAUGGUGGGGACGCCAACGAAUCGCGUGGCGAGUCCGGCGACGACGUCGACGGGGGCGGUAGCAGGUCAUGGACGUUCCCACCGGAAGGCGAGAGCGGGGCCUAGUCCGUCGGCCUUUGAUGAGUAUUUCGCCGAGGGGUUGCAGAAGAGUAAAGAGUUGGAUUAUGCCCCGUCGAGUCGGAAGGGGACUCCCUUGCCGCCGCCCCCGAAGAAGGGUGGUAGUGGUGGUGCGGUGCAGAGCCCCCCUCCGCCGCCUGUAACGAGUGGCUCGCCGAGUCCCGCGGCGGAGUAA